AUGGGUAAAAACCCUCCUAAAUGGCUCCCGGGAGAGCGUGUGAAGGAAACCAUUCUUCUGCAGCGCAAAUCUGUCGAGCAGCUCCGCGUAGAUCGCGUGCUCCGGCGUGACAAACUGCAGGAGCGGCGUGAGCGACACAAGGCCAAAAUAGACGCUAAGAGGAAGCGAAAGCUCAGCACAAAGAAAUUUAUCAGUGCGCAGACGAUAUUAAAACGCGCCCAACUGAGGGAAAAGCAAGGGCGUUUGUUUCAAAAGAUCGGUGAGAAGGCAACAGGUAAGAAAGGGCGAAUGGGAGAAGAGGAGUACGGAAAGUCCCUUGAAGACUCGCGGGUCGUACUGAUUGUCCGGGCGCGCGGUAAGUUGAUACCACAUGAAGUUGCUUUGGCCUUCGGCCGGUUAGGGCUUAGGAAACUUUACUCUGCACGACUUUUAUGUUUGAACCCCUUCACCGACCCACUUGUAAAGCAGUUAGGCCCCUUUUCUGUUGUUGGCCACCCCGAACCAGCGCAACUAAACGAGUUGCUACGUACACGUGGGGCUCUUUGGAAUGAAGAAACAAAAACAAAACGACUCAUCAAUGGCAAUCUCAUGCUAGAAAAGGCACUCGGGGAGUACAACGUGCUGUGUAUUGAGGAUCUAUGUGACGUUAUCAUCAACAAAACGGAGCAUGUGAGGGAUGUUCUCAAGCACAUAGCUCCCUUUGAUUUCCACCCACCACGGCAGUUAUUCAUGGAGCGGCAUCGUAACGUGUAUCAGAAGAUGGAAGUUAUGAACAAGGAGUCCUUUGCCGCUUACCUGGCACAGGAGUUGAAGGCUUCGGCUAGACGCGAGAAAAGGGCUGUAGGCAAGCGGAAGGCCGUAGAGGAGUCAUCGCAGUCUUCGCAAAAAACAUCGUAA